ACACACACACACACACACACAAGGCCACACAAUCACCACUAUAUUCCAACUAGAAUAGAAACAAUAGAACUGGGUGAUGUUUGUUCUAGUUCUUGACUUCAUGAAAAGUUUUCAUGAAAUUAUCAAAUUAUGUGACAGCAACAUGUUCCUGGCAAAUUCCUUUAUGAUUUAUGGCAAACUGAUAUGUCUGGGUUUUAGGGGUUGCGCGGCAGCCUCUGCUUCUGAUGUCAUUAGUAGGACGCUAACUGGGUUAACUGGGUCCUGAUCUACAGUCCAGUCUCAUUCCCUUUUCUGCGGUGGGGACAGAUUUCCAUUUCCACUGUUCCCAUGGAGACGACAGUCCCGUUUCCUCCCAGUGCGUCUCAGUGUGAGAGGCCGGGCUUUAAUCCUAAAACGAGCCGCGUGUUCUCUCUCCUCAGCUCCUUCCUGAAGACAAGGAGGACACAAACGGUUACGUAAGACAGACUUAAGCAGAGGGAAAACGAGCCGUGGCCUCUCCGCUCAUAGCUAGAUGUGUGUGGAUGGAUGGAUGAAGGAGCAGCACAGAAAUGAGGCUCAGAGGAAAGGAGGAUUGACUGGAAGAGUAAAUGGAAGAGAUGUAGACGCUGAUAUUCCCGUCCAGAAGUCCCAUCCAAUUUUCAAGAUUAUCCUGAAUUGCUGCUCAGACGUCCAGAGGCUGCGGAGCUGGAAUGUAGGGGCACCUUCCUUCCUUUUAUCCAGUAGCUGCUUCAUCGUCUCCUUUGGCCGUUGUGACUUCUGCCACAUGGAACCGAGCGCGGACGAAGCAGAAAAUGUCCCCGUGGAGCUGCGGGAGCCGUUUUACAAGGACCAGUAUGAACAGGAGCACCUCAAGCCGGCGGUGUCCAAGCUGCUCGUGUCCCCGGAGAUUUACUGCCGAGUCCAAGCCCUGCUGACGCGGGCCCACGGGGACCCCCUGCCGGCGCCGCAGGAGUCUCCGGGGGACAACUCGGCCCUGCUGCAGUUCCUGGUCAAGAAGGGUUUCGCUCCCCAGGUGCAGGAUGCGGACGUGAGCGAGGAGGACCUGAGCAGCGUCCCCAUCAAGACGACUUCCCACCUGGCUCUGAUCGAUGCCCUGAUGUCCCUGGCGGCCAGAGAGUCCGUGGGCAGAGUGACGAUGGCGGCGGAGGCGGAGCAGAUCGGCGCCGGGGCUCCGUGGGAGAACGCUCUGCUCUUCUGGGUCAACAGGCUGAACCAGAAGCUGAGAGAGACCACGGAGGACGAGGAGCCUGCGAAGCCGCACACGUGCAGCGAGCUGCAGCCGAGCCAGGAGUUGCCUCAGUCCACACGCUGGUACUGGAAGCUCGUUCCUCAUGCUAUCGCUUUUUGUUUGAAGGAGUCGGGGAAUAAGCCUCCAGUGAUCCGUUACAGGAAGGACAAAGUGCAGUCCAAGCUGACUCCCACUUUCCCUCUGGUUUCUGCGGUCAAGGACCUGUCUAAUGGCUGCGCUAUAGCUGCUGUGCUGCACUACUACUGCCCCGGCCUGCUGCCUCUGGAGGACGUGUGUCUGAAGGACACCAUGUCAGUGGCCGACAGCGUCUACAACCUGCAGCUGAUCAAGGAGUUCUGUGACAGCACGCUGCAGAGCUGCUGCCCCCUGGCUGUGGAGGACCUGCUCUACGCGCCGCCGGCUCUGCAUCUGAACAUCAUGAGCUUCAUCGCUGAACUUUUGGAAUGGUUUGAGAUUAAGAAUCCGGAUUUUGUCAAACCCUCACACCCCAUAGACCUCACAGAUGUCUCAGGGUUGCUGGACUGCACCAGUCCUGUCAGUGGGAACAGCAACAGCGGUUCUCCCUCCUUCAUCUUCAAACAACCCUUUGUUCCCAUCUCCUCCCCUGUGUCACCAGAACAUAAAGGUUGGACAAAGAAACAAAUCAGUCGUCCUCUGUCAGCAGUGACUUUCAGCAUCCCAUUUGGGCUGGACAGUGAUGUUGACGUUGUCAUGGGAAACCCAAUAGAUUGUGUGUUUCGCUCUGUCAGCACUGACAGCCUCGCCACUGGCAUCCCUGCAAUGACCUCAUCGGUGACAUCAGCAGGAAAGGGGAUGACUCAUGUCCCCUACAGUCCUCCAGAGGAUCUCAGUCACCUGGUCAGCGCUUCAGCCCCAUUGCAGCGAUCUUCAUGGGGUCCCUAUGCACACACGGCGCCACUGGGAGAGUUGCCCACCAUUGAGGAGGCCCUCCAGGUGGUCCAUGUACCCAUCAGCAGAGAUCGGAAGAAGGAAAGGGUCGCAGAGAACAGUGGGAGAGUGUUGAGUGGAAGAACGGAGCCCAGGUUAAGGCCUGAGGGAGCCCCUGCUGGCUUCUUCCUUCAUUGUCCUGAGGAAGACAAUCCCCAGCUCAGUAGCUCUGCUCCCUGUCGCUCUGGAGGCCUGUACCGGCCCGUAGGAGGAGAAGUGAGUGAUACUCAAAGGCAGGGAAGGGGAGAGAGGAGGGAGAGAUCAGGAAGGACAUCCGACAUGUCACGCGACGAUGACUCUGUACUUAGAGACGGCAGCGUUGACUCCUCGGAAGCGUCAGAUGAUGCCCCUAGAAACGCCCCUGGUAACAUUCGACCUGGUAAUGGUCGCCAGGGGAACCACAGCAUCAGCAGCAGUCCGCGAAUGACGAGCUUUGCUGAGCGGAGAGACAACAGGAGAAGACAUCCAGCGGUUCCAGGAGAGGAGUCGACCUCUGCUCCAACCCCCAAUACCCCAGGAACUCCACAUACACCCUCCACUCCAGCAGGGACACCUGGCUGCCAGGGCAGCCCAGGCCCCAAAGGCCCGGAACCGGGGUCCGAGGCCUGGGAGCUGGGGGCUCGUCUAGAGGAAAAACGCAGGAACAUUGAAGCCCAAAAAAGACGCAUUGAAGCCAUUUUUGCCAAGCAUAGACAAAGGCUUGGGAAAACUGCUUUCCUUCAACUGAAAAGAGAGCAAGGAGAAGGAGGAGGAGAGGGAGCAGAGGAGGACACCCUUAGUCUGGAUGAGCGCCUCACCCGCAUGGAGGAGCAAUUAAAAAAGGAGGAAGAGAAGGACAUUGAGAAAGAAAAAGCUGGAGAUGAGGAGAAAGAGAAGCCAUCUGCCUCCACCCCCCCGCGGCUGGAGAAGCAGGUGACAUUCUCCAUUGAAAGCAAGAAAGGAGCAGAGAAGGAGAAGCCCGGGGAGACUGCCCUGGUGGAGUACAAUGAAGUGGUGCAGAAGCUGAGCGAGGCUCUGCAGUCGCUGCAGAAGGACAUGCAAAAGCUUACUGAACAGCAACAGCAGCUCAUGAGCAACCAAAGACCCAGGAACACACCCAAGAACACUCCAAAACCCACACAGAGAAGCACCAGAACCCCGCCCCACACCCCAACCAAGACGCCACCAAGAACCCCAACCAGGACCCCGACGCGGAGCACCAGUAAAGCCUGGGUGAUCCCUGCUGGUCCCAGUACUGCUUCUGGCUCCUCUCCCUCAAGGCGCUCUCAUGCGCUUUCUUCAUCUCCCUCCUCAAAAGCCCUCAUCUCCUCCUCCUGCCCUGCUCCUCGCACCAAGGUUCACGCCUCUUCCGCUCCCAGGAGCCCCAAACACCACCCCCGCUCCCAGCAUCAGCCUCACCCUCGGCCUUCUGAACUCAAGUUCCCCCCGCUCAACCGUGUCCUCACACCAACCCAGAAUGUGGACACCCUCCCCCACCUGCGGCGCGUGUCCCCCAGCAAGUGUCAGGUACAGACGUCCUCCACCUUCCGCAUCGGUGGGCCUCGGACGCCUCAAGAGCCUCCUCAGCUCAGCCAGCAGGCCCAGCCCGACGAGAGCACGUCCGACACCGGCUCGAGUGAAACGCCCACUCAGUUCAGUCUGGAGCUCGAGCAGGAGAACGCCGAGGCCGUCGGAGCGCUGCCGGCCUUGAUGCAGCCCAGACACGAUCGGCCGAGGGCCGCUGGAGGCAGCAGCUCCGGUGCCCCGUCCGAGUGCUCCUUUGAGAGCGAGACUUUGUCCCUGUCUGCUGCUUUCAGCACCGGGGGGGAGGGAGGAGGGGGUGCUGUGGCAGGUGCAGCAGCAGCUUUGGGAAAUCCAUGUAGUCUGAUUGAGAUUUCCUUGUCCUCCCCUGGAGGGCCAGACGGGGGCAGCGACGAGCCAACGGACGAAGGACAGGAGUUCUCAUCAGAUUCCAUGAGCGAUCACGCAGAAUCCGCAGCAGAACCUGCCGGAGGACUCGCUGCGGAACCGCUCGAUCCUGUAGAGCAGCUGCAGCUGGCCAUGGAAGCCAGGGACGUGGCAGAGCAACAAUGCAGCAAGCCUGAAUCCAAGCAGGAACCGACAGACAGUCUGGAGCCAGGCGGAGAACAGAGUGAGCUGGGAGCACGAGGAGGAGUGGGCUUCUUCUUCAAGGAGGACGUACACAGCGAAGGGGAGAUGGCCCAGCGUCGAGCUCUACUGUUGGAACGACAGCAGAAGAGAACGGAGGAGUUGAAGAAGAGGAGACAGUGGAAUGAGCAAGAAAGGGAGAACAGACCAGCAGCCAUAGACAGGAGGGCAGCGUCUCCCUCCGGGACGCCCCCUGUGGGCGCCACCUCCCCGUCCCCCACGCCUCCCGUCACCCCAGUCCGCCGCGGAGACUUCACGCGAGGAGAGUACGCGCGGCGGCAACAGCUCAGGAUCAUGGAGGAUUUGGACAGAGUCCUGAAGCAGAAGCCAUCGAACCACGGGCGGUCCUCGGUGAAGAAGACGCGGGCCCGGCCGCGCAGCAUGACCCGGGAGGAAACACAGCUGUCCCUGAGCCCCGCCAAGGGGGCGGCUGGAUCCAAGUUGACCAAAGUCUACUCUCACUCCUCUCUCAACCUGGCAGCUACAGAUGAGCCCAGACUCAGCGGCACUGACCCUGCUAAGAAAGCCCAGAGCAUCCGUCCGGAUUCGCCCUCGGGAUGCGCGACGCCGAGCAGACCGACCAAUCAGAACGGAGACAAGGACUGGGAGAGCGGCUCCAACGGAGCCUCACCUGCCCCAGAAUACACAGGUCCGAAGCUCUUCAAGGAACCGAGCUUCAAGUCCAACAAAUUCAUCAUUCACAAUGCUCUGUCCCGCUGCUGCCUGGCUGGAAAGGUCAACGAGGCACAGAAGAGCAAGAUCGUUGAGGAGAUGGAGAAGAGUCCUGCCAACCACUUCCUUAUCCUGUUCCGUGAUUCCAGCUGCCAGUUCAGGGGCGUUUAUACCAUGAACCCCGACUCCCAAGAGCUUGUGCGGUUGGUUGGCGUGGGUCCACGAACAAUAGGCUCCGCCCAAGUGGAGUCCAUCUACAAAUACAGCUCAGACAGGAAACAGUUUAGCACCAUCCCCUCGAAGACCAUGGGCAUGAGCGUGGAUGCCUUCACCAUCCCCAGUCAUCUUUGGCACGGAGGGGGAGGGGGGGGAGGCGGGGGAGGUAGCAGGAGAGCCAGCAUCACUAAAAAGGCUGUUUCCUCCAAAUGAGGAAGUGGCACAACAUCACAGUUACACACAUUCUGGUCACCUUGUAAUUAUAGUGCUGUCAAAGAUCAAACGCCAGUAUUGACGUGCUCACAGAUGCAGUUGUAGGCGUGUGUGAAAACCAACAGGCCUCAGAUUGGAUUUUACUGAAACACAUUUAUGUUGAUGCUCCCUUUUAUGUGCAUGAAAACAUGAACAGCACAGCGUUAUAGCCCGUCGCAGAAGACACCGGCGAGUGUCUGGAGGAAUGUUUUGUAAAAUGUUAGGACAAUUGCACAAGGAGGAAUUCUUUUCAAAACGGCUCAGUGUCUGAAUGAAAAUGAAUUCUUUCAAAAGAAAAGUCAAUUCCACCAAAUUGUGUUUUGGAAAACACUAGCUUUGUUGUAUGUACAGUCGCUGGCUGUGUCCACUGAGACCCCACAGACCGGUGGCAGUUAGGAUUUUUACAUUGAGACAAAGACAAUGCCUUCUAAAGUCAGAGCAACUGGCAGGACUUUUAUUUUGUACAACUGUCAAUAGGUGCUUCUAAAUGAGCAGAGCCAUAACCAGACGACGCAGAGGAACGACGCUGUUUGACCGAGUCAGAGUCAGUGAACGUGGUCUUCACUGAGGAAGCCACAGCAUGAAUGGCUGCUUUAGACCUUUUUCAAUAUCACAGUGAAAACGUGUGGUUUGGUGAAACUGAGAUGAUAAUGAAACCAACUUUUGUACAUGGAACUCGUAUCAUAUUGAAGCUGACAUUUAUUAACUAAACGGUUGCUGUUAUUAAUAGAUGGCUCUGAUCCACAUCCAUAAAAAAAUCAAUACAUCCAAUAAAAUCUCUGAUUUGCUCAAAUUGAA